CUCCUCCUGCCUCCCGUCUCACCUCAAUCCCAAGAACACGGCCUCAGAUCACCAGCUAGCCAUUGUCGAUCAGCAAAAGCCAGAGCUUCAGCCAGGAGCAAUGGAGUUCACGUUCGGUGGCUUCGGCGACCCGGCGUUCUCGGCGGCGGUGCAGCAGCUGAUGGACCUGCCCGACGAGCUGGAGCGGCAGCUGAACGCGCCGACGCGGGCCUAUGUGCGCGACCGCCGGGCCAUGGCCAACACGCCCAUGGACGUCAAGGAGCUCCCGUCCGGGGCGAUCGUCCUGGCCGUCGACAUGCCCGGGGUCAGCCCCGCCGACGUCAAGGUCCAGGUGGAGGAGGGCAACGUGCUCACCAUCAGCGGCGAGCGCAAGCGCCCCGCCGAGGACGGCGGCGCCGAGGGCAAGCAGCAGGCCCAGGCCGUCGCCGACGGCGGCGAGAAGCAAGGGGUGGUGAAGUACCUGAGGAUGGAGAGGCGGAUGGGCAAGUUCAUGAGGCGGUUCCCGCUGCCGGAGAGCGCCGACCUGGACAGCAUCCGCGCCGAGUACAGGGACGGCGUCCUCACCGUCACCGUCGACAAGAAGCCGCCGCCUGAGCCCAAGAAGCCGCGCGUCGUCCAGGUCACGGUCGGCGGCGAGCAGCAGGGCAAGUAAGGAAGCGAGGCGACAUGCGCGUGACCAAUGCUCGCCUUCAGCCGGAUGAUGAGCGAAUAAUUAAUCAAGGUUUGAUGCUGCGUUCUGCUUGGUACAAUGGUGGAUUAGUGUGUUACGGAAUAAGUAUCUUUAUUUACAGUCGCGGUACAUGCAUGUCCUUCGAGUGUUUCUGCUUGCUACUCCCUCCGUGUAUGGCUAUGACAUGGAGUAUAUAUACAACGACAUGGCCAUGGCCUCAGUUAUUAUCA